UCUCAUACACCUUCUUAGCUUCAUGACAUGUCAUCUUUACUUGAGCCAACUGAGGGUCAGAAUCUCUUUUUGAGAUAAUCACAUUUGAUACCUUUUGGUUGAGCAGCUUAAUGGAUCUGAGAGAUCGGUUUGGAAUUUUAGUGAGUAUCCAUCCUGAAAUUAGCAAGAUCACGAGUACAAAUGCAAAGAAUACUCCUCCUCCAAUUGCUAAAAUGAAAUAAAUUUCUGACGCAUCUGUGAUACUUGACACGAAGGAAUGUUUAUCGAUCACUUGAGUGUGCAAGAAUAAUUUCGAGUAAUCUCCUCCAUCUUGACCAUCAGUGUAGAAUUUAAGAGAAAGAGGAUUCACUGCAGCAAUGUAUUGAGAGCUGUACUUGGUAAACUCCACUAAUUCUGUCUUAUUGGUGUUUUCAAAAAGAGGGUGUACAGUUCUUGGUCAAGAGGAGUAUCCGUUUUGGAAAAUUCAGCUUUAGUCAGGGUAUCUUUCCUUCCUGAAAGAGUAACCUCUGAAUGCUUUAGCAGCGUCCCAUCCAUUGUAGUGAUAAAGUAAUAGCUUUCUUCAUUCCGCUUAUUUUCUUCUUUUGUCCUAUUUUUGAGAUUGAAGAAAGAUUGUUGCGAAUAUUCUUGAGAAGGAACUUUAAAAAGAGAAUCAUAAUCCUCCUGAAAAUUUAAGUUGAUAUCAUGAUUGAUGACCCCGUGAACUUCCUUUUCAAAUUCAACAGCUUGGCUUAUGGUAAGAGCAUAAAAUCUAUUAGUUGAUGAUGGGUUUUCAUAAGGUCCAUAAAGAGAAGUAUUAUAUUUUUCCUCAAUUGCUUUUUUAUAAAAAGGUCUUCAUCUUGCAUCGUAGAACUCCAUUUUUGGAGGAUCAAAGUAAGAACAAGGUUCCUCUGUCAAAGUCCAGUUAUUUUAAUAUAUCAGAGCUGAAAGCAGGGUAUUGAUAAAACAAUCUAUCCUUUUCUGUUGCAUAGUAAAUGCUCUUGUAAGUCCCUUUUUGUUGAGUUAAGCUUUCUGACAAGAAUCCUGAAAAUAGCGGAAUUAGAGCCAUAAAUCUUCGGAGCUCUCUUUGCUGAACUUCUGAUAAAUCAUCAAACUCUAUAGUAUCAGGGUCUCUAAACCAUUGAGAAUGUUCGAGAUCGUUGUCUGCAUCAACUACAUCAUUAAAAUUUAAUACAAAAUUAUUAGGUAAAGCAGUCUCUGAUAUAGGAAUUCUCCCUGUUAAAACUUCUUUAAGAAAAGAAGUGAAGAUGAAGUUGUUAUGAACAGGAUUCUGAAUAAAUUGUUGCUGAAAAAUUCCUGAAAUAGUACUUUUUCUCAUCAGAUCUUUUUUCUUCAAUUUCAGAAGAUGAGUAGCUGCAUUGUCCAUCUUAUCAAACAUAAUUAACAAUGCA